ACUACACGGACAAACUAAGCGCGUUUCGUAAAACGAAGGAUGCGCGAGAAUAUGUUCUUCUUCUUCGGCUGUUUUUUGGGGCAGCUUCAAAGCGACUACAUAGAAGGAUUAGCAGAAGAAGAGGAAGAACAAUAACAGCAUUUACUUGUCGUGUUUUUUAGUAGAAAUAUAAACGGUUCUUUGUUGCAGUAAGAAGCAAAAUUUGCGCUAAUGGCGGACCACACAUACUCCGCACAAGAGCCGUUAGAGCGUCAAUCUGUUCGUUCAAAAAAGAGAAAAUACGACGCAGCAAGGCGAAGUCGAGACAAAAAACGGCAGAAAACCCGAAUAAACAUCGGCAUGGCUUUUCCCAAAUGGAGGGCACUGAAGCAGGAAAAGGGUUUGCUAAGCGACGCCGAAGUUGCAAGCUUUCUGCUGGACCGCAGAGUCAUGGCUGAUGGUGGAGAUGUUGUUGAAGGGGAUGUUGAUGAUCCUCCCAGCAUGAGCUGUCCACUGGUUACUGUGUCACAUCUCCCAAACACCACUGCAGCUGGCCGUAACCUGAAGGAAUGGCUCCAGGAGCAGUUCUGCGAUAAGCCUUUGGAACAGUGUGAGGAUAUGCGUCUGCAUAAUGCUGCCUAUGUGGGAGAUUUAGAAACUAUCAGGACCCUCCUGCACGAGGACGACUUUAAACGGCGAAUCAAUGAGAAGUCAGUUUGGUGCUGUGGGUGGCUACCCUGCACGCCCCUGCGGAUCGCGGCCACAGCCGGUCACAGCGAGUGUGUGGAUUUCCUGAUCUCUCAGGGAGCCGAAGUGGAACUGGUGGACGUGAAGGGACAGACCGCUCUGUACGUGGCCGUGGUUAAUGGCCAUCUGGACUGUGUGAGGAUUCUUUUGGAAGCCGGCGCUGAUCCGAAUGGCAGCAGACAUCACCGAAGCACCCCUCUAUACCACGCGGCACGAGUGGGUCGAGUGGACAUCCUACAAGAGCUGAUCAGGUUCAACGCUGACGUCGACGUUGACCACCAGCUGGGCCCCAGACCCUUGUUCAGUGCCCGCAUUCUGUCUACUCUGGUGGUCUGUCCGCUUUACAUCAGCGCUGCGUAUCACCACCUCCACUGUUUCCGGAUGCUUCUUCAGGCCGGGGCCAACCCAGACUACAACUACACCGGACCCGUGAGCAAGGAGGCGCUGACCAGGGGCCUGGCCUCGUGUCUGCUGGAUGCAGUUCUGAGACACGGUUGUGAACCUGCCUUCGUACGCUUGCUGCUGGAUCACGGCGCUGACCCGUGGCUGGUCCCCUGGGAGGAGCUCGAUCCCGACACUAUGGGUCGCGUAAGGGUCAAUGCAGAAGCCCUUCGUCUCUACCAGGAGGCUAGAAGACGCCCUAGAAAGUUGACGCACAUUUGUCGCAUUGAAAUCCGGAAGGUCAUGGGCAAACAUGACUUUUCACUUAUCUCAUCCCUUCCGCUGCCCGUCACCAUCAAGAACUUUCUGCUCCACAAGGACUGAGGGGUUCGCUGCUCCAUUCAGCAAAAAGCUGACAAGUGUGACUGUUGUCGCUUCCUCUCCAGCACUUACAGACAGUCAUAUAACAGGUAACUGAAGGUGAUGGGCAGGACUUUAUUCUCUUACUGUGGAGGAAAAUCUGCAGAAUUCAGUGGGAUGGAUUUAAACUUGAUAAAAGUGUUGAGCUCAAAGAGUACUGCACAGGUUGCAGAAAGCAUUAAAUUAACAAACGUAUGUAAGAACCACAACAUUUGACCGGCUUUACAAUUCUGUGAGAACUUCUAAAUUUCUUUAGGGCCUUAACGUAUUAUUUGUACUCUUUCCAGAGUUUCUGGAGAUCAGAAAUGUUUGCUGAUAGCUUUGCUGUGCUGUUAUUGCUUCAUGCACUUUAAAAACACUCUUUUAUUUUUUUUCAACAGCCGUUAUUCAUCACUAUUUAUUGAACAAUUUAAAGAGCAUUUUAAAAGCACAGUAAGGAUUAUAGAUACUCUGCUUUGUGUUUUGCCUGAAAACACCUCUUGUGUUAUUGCUUUAUGAAUAUGAGUAUUUGAAUAUGCUUAAAAACAAGAUUAUAUUUUAAGCUGUAAAUUAAAAUUGAUAAACUUGAUAUUUGUUCACACCUAUGUGUAUGGUAGCCUAUAGACGAACAGUUUGAACACUCUAGGUGAAACAUCUCGGCGAUGUGUGGUGUUGUAACUAGUAAAAAUCAUUUCUUGUUAUUCAGUGCGUUUCAGAGAUGUAUAGUAGUGAAGUAUUUUUACUUUUAUUCAAGUACAGUUUUCAAGUAUCUGAAUGUUUUUACCUUUAAUUCAGUACUUAAUAGAAUAGUUCAGCCAAAAUCAAACUUCUGUCAUCAAAGUGUAAUAAAUUACGUUGUCCUGCUUAACACAAAGGAAGAUAUUUGGAAGAAUGUCAGCAAUAUUCCGUUCUGGGACAUCAUUUACUACCAUAGUAGGAAAUUACAUCGUAUUCAAAGGUGCCCCAGAACUGUUUGCCAGAAAAUAUCAAAUUUUGUGUUCAGCAGAACAAAAACAAUGGUUCUACUAUGUUAGUGAAUGUCCUAGAACUGGAAAUUGCUGACAUUCUUCAGGUUAGGAACAAUGUGGGGGUACGUAAGCGAAGACAGAAUUUUAGUUUUCGGGUGAACUAUGCCUUUAAGCACAUUUUUUAAAUCUAAUACUUUCCAACUUUAAAAAGUAACAAUACUUAAAAAAAAGAAUGUACUAGAUUUUAAUAUACUUCAGUAUUAAAAAGUAAGCAAACAACAAUAUUUAUUUAUGAAAUUUAGUGGAGUAAAACGUGUGAUAUAUGCUCUAAUGCAGUGAAGCAAAAGUAAAGCCUGAAAGCAAAAAUACUGUUGAUAAUAAAAGCUUUUAUCAGACUCAUACUGAACAAUUAAACAAUCAGUCUUCUUUUACAUUAAGCCUUUUCCUAGAGUUUUUACAGCCUUGAAGUCAUUAUUGGAUUUGAUUUGAAUUACAAUGCUAUUGGUGCUUUUAGAUUUAUCUGUAUAUUCUUAUGUGAAUAUUUGCUAAAAAUUGCCUCAAAUUGUCUCUGAAUGGUUUCAAUUCUAUUCUGAAACCUCCAAUGAAAAAAGAUGGAUCUUUAAGACCAGAUCUCAGUUAUUGGGUACUUUUUGUUAGUAAAGGGCCUAUUAUUAUUAUUUUCCUCUCAGCCACCGAAUAUUAUAUAUACGUGUGAAAAAGUGAUUUGUACUUUUCCUGUAUUCACACAAGCACUGCCCACAAGUGUCUCAGAGCCCUCUGUAGAUAUCGUGUUGUGCUAUCAUAUCUCGCCAUCAUAUAAUGACUCCCGAUAAGCACAGAUCCGCUCCAGCAUACAGUAGAUUCACAGGCUUCAUUGGUUAUAAAUGCUGGUUUUCUUGUCAAACAAUAACUUAAGUGUGCUGGGACAUUGAAACCACAAACUGUGGUAAAAGCAAAGCAUGGGAAAGGCUGUAAUCUGCCAACAAAUUACCAAUGGACUCACAGAGAUUUACAAAGGAUCUUCCCUAUGGGGGAAAUAUGGGAGCACACAUUUAUAUGUGCGCUUUUGUUUUUGAGUUCCUUGUAAUAUUUACCUCACAGUGUGUUUUUGCUGUAAGGCUCAUUUAUAGUUUGAUUGGCCAUCUCCCAACUCAGGGACAGGACUUUAAAUUAUUGCCUCAUUGGUAUACAUUGUAAAGAUAAAAACAUCACUCGACUAUGGCAACCAGGUACUCUCAAUGAUCAUUUUAUCUGAAAUAUUAAUGUCAUUGUUUUUUUAACUGAAUGCAUUGCAUUUUUGAUGGUUCACUAUUGAAAACUGUUCCAAAAAUCUGAGUUCUAGAAAUUGUAAAAAUGUCCCAAAAAUGAUCUUUAAAGUCAGUUUGUCUAUUUAAUAGGCGUGUGUGUGUUGUUCGCUCUAGAUGGCACUGUCUUCAUGUGAAGCUUCUUCUCAUCCCUUCUCUCAACAGAAGCCAAAAGGGAGAUUUGAAGAAAAAUAAUAAUUCUUUUGUGUAUCUAUUUGCAGUUUUCAUCAACAGCAUUUAACUUUGUUUCCACUUGCAAAUGUAAGUUUCUCAAGUGACUAUUAA